AUGGCCGACAAGACAUCGUCACCCGCGAGACAGAAGCCCAAGAAGAAAGCCGGCGGAAAAUCCGGUCUUGCUCCUCUGACAUUGAAAGGCCCAGCACCCUCGCAGCCGAUGCAGCCGCCGACGACGAGAGUGACCAAGUUGGCUGUGGCGGCGGCCAGGCCCAAAGACGAAAUGGUCGAAGUGCAAUGUCAGGGCAUGAACGAAGGGUUCCAACUCGACAACAGGUUGCUAUGCGAAGUCUCGGCCGAGUUUGGGGAGAGAAUCAGCGAGCGGAUCAAGUACGCGCCUGCGCAGCCGAUCGUGGUCAAAGUCCCUCACAGCGAGGGUGCGUUCGAAGUCGUGAAGCGCUGGCGGUCAAGUUCGCCAGCAGGAUGCCACGCUGGGUUUGGCGGAGGAGACGAGGUCAUGGAUGCGAUUAUCAAGCUGGUCGUGGAGCAUGGCCACAAGUUCACCAUUGCGCGGCUGUCGCCUCCGAAGGUCAAGGGGUUCCCAGCCCGCACGUCCAAGUUGAGGGAGUUGCUGGCGGAUUGGAUUGCGUAUGGAGAGUUCGACGAUCGGAAGUCGAAUGCGGGCCAGUUGCCCAAGGAUAACGAUUUCUGUCGCUUGCUGGCGGCUCCGUUUGUUGAGCGCAAGAUCAAUGGUGACCCUGCGGCUCCGUUUGUGACGCGGCCUUGCAAGUACCAUGUCCAUCGUAAGACUGGGGUGUGCUCUUCGACGAUGGUCAAGGUCGAGGCGAAGGAUUGA